CAACAUCAUCACCAUCACCAUCAUCGACAAAAUGGCGCACCAUCUCCAAAUCUAAUCAAAGACCACCACCAAAUCAUGACUAACCACGAUCUGAUAACUCACCAUCACAACCAGUCUCGGCCAAAUGGAACAAUGUCUCCUAACCAAACCUAUCACCACAACCAGUAUUUCCAACCACCAUGGUGAAACGCAAACUCCCCAACCUCACAGGACGCCAUCGAAGCGUCGAAGUAAGCGUGCACCAAUGUUGCCAGAUCUUCGAGUGGACUUCUUCAAAGAGCGGGAGAUCCUGGACGCGUGCCAAACCGUUCCUGCGACCAACGGAGGCAAAACACCGCCGCAAGAUCAGUCUCGCGUACAUCAUCGCUUAGACGGCAUCAAUGUUACCGCGAAUCCUUUAGACGUUAAUCAUCAUAAUUCUAAUACCAGUGCCAAUUUACCUAGAAAGUCACCUUCGGCUACUAUUGUUGUGCAGCAAGCCAGCCUCAGUUUGGAUUACGGACAGGUGGCAACUGUACUUUUGAAAAACGAAAGCGAUUUUGUGUCGAAUGUGUCGUGCGUGGUGCAACAGCCAAAUCAACAAAAGGAAAGUGGAGGAAGUCAGGACGAGAAGUCCAGAAACUGUAAACGCAGGGAGGAAAAUAUGAAGCAACUGUUGGAAGUUGCGAGUGCGCUGACUGUUGAAGAACUUAGAGAUUUCGAAAUGAGGUACGGAAGUCCCCAUCACAGUCGUUCCCAAUCUGUGAAGACGCCAGGGCGUUGCACUCACUUAUCGCUUCCCGCCCAGCGGUCCCGCGUGGCUUCAAUGCCAAACACGGGCACCGAAGAGGAAUAUUACAGACUGAGACAUUUUUCAAUUACCGGCAAAGGAGUUGUGAAUCGUGGAGAUUCUCUCAAAAGCCGAAGAUCGAGGUCCAAUAAUAGCGUGGCCAGCAGCAAUUCCAGUACCGAGCAUUUGACCGCAGAAGCCCGAACAUCGGCGUCGGUGUCGUUGUGUUCGUCAAGGGAGUCGUCUACGUCUCAGCCGUCCUACAGAGUUCUGAUGUUAGGAGCCGGGGCGGUCGGAAAAUCUUCCCUGAUCUCCCAGUUUAUGACAUCCGAGUAUCUUCAUGCUUACGAUACCAGCAUCGAUGAUGAUUCUGGUGAAAAGUCUGUCUCGGUUUUACUCGGUGGUGAAGAAUCAGAAUUAACAUUUGUAGACAUUCCAAGUUCCGAAAUGUCGCCUGAGAAUUGCUUAACGUCAUAUGAAGUUCAUGCAUAUUGUGUCGUGUAUUCAACUUCUGAUCGUGAAAGUUUCCUGGUAGCCGAGGAAAGUUUACAGGCACUUUGGACAGCUGGAAGUAUGGCAUCCAGAGCUGUGAUUUUAGUUGCAAAUAAAGCAGAUUUAGCACGAUGCAGAGUUGUCUCCACUGAAGAGGGAAAAGCCAUGGCUACAGCUUACGAUUGCAAAUUCAUUGAGACUUCAGUCGGCAUCAAUCACAAUGUGGACGAACUUCUGGUGGGGCUAUUGUCACAGAUCAGACUUAAAUUAGAAAACCCAGAAAAAUCACGUGACCUGUUCCGUAAACGGAGUACUCGCAAAACAAAGCACAGACGAGCUUCUCCCGUCACGAACGGUCUCAGCCCGCCAGUGUCGCCGUUGCAGAGAAGCGGCCCUCCAACGGCCCCAUCCUCACCCAGAAAAUACCGCGGGUCCAGGACCUCAGCUUCGCUCAGGGUCAAAGGACUCCUGGGCAGAGUUUGGGCGAGAGAUUCCAAGUCGAAAUCGUGCGAAAACCUUCAUGUUUUGUAAGUGGUUUAU